UCAAAAGAUGCCGAAGGGGCGGCGCGGCAGCCAGAGCCCCACCAUGAGCCAGCGGCCGGCCCCGCCCCUUUACUUCCCUUCCCUCUACGACCGCGGCAUCUCCUCGUCCCCGCUCAGCGACUUCAACAUCUGGAAGAAGCUCUUCGUGCCUCUGAAGGCGGGCGGGGCGGCGGCGGGCGGGGCGGUGGCGGGGCGCCCCCUGCCCCAGGUGCCCCAGGUUCCGGCGCCCCUGCCGCCGCCACCCGGCCUGGGGCCUCCCAGCGAGCGCCCGUGGCCCCCGCCCUGGCCCUCCGGCCUGGCCUCCAUCCCCUAUGAGCCUCUGCGCUUCUUCUACUCGCCACCGCCGGGGCCCGAGGUGGCUGCCUCGCCUCUGGCCCCCGGCCCCACGACCCCCCGGCUCGCCUCCGCCUCCCACCCCGAGGAGUUAUGCGAGCUGGAGAUCCGGAUUAAGGAGCUGGAGCUGCUCACCAUCACUGGGGACGGCUUCGACUCCCAGCGCUAUAAAUUCUUGAAGGCACUGAAAGAUGAAAAGUUACAAGGACUGAAGACAAGGCAGGCUGGAAAGAAGUCGGCCUCUCUCUCCUGAGGAGCUGCCCACCCGAGCCUGGGCAGCCGCCUCCUUAGGUGUUAGUGCUUAGAUA